AUGGGGAAGUGUGCCCUGGGUGAGGCCAGAGUGGCCCCUAGUGGCUGGCGGAGAGACUGCAGGCUCGGGCCCCUGCACCUGCCUGAUGUGUCCGCUGGGCGACGGGCUCAAGGCCCAGCCUUGACCCACACAGAACAAACACCAGCCUCCUGGGGCCCCGGGGCAGAGGGUCUGUGGGUCUGUCUGCCCAGGAGCCAGGAGAGGGGUGAGGGGUGCCAGCUGAGGGGUCGGGGCUUCACCCCCAGCUCCGGGGAGGUGGGAGCUCGGCCAGGAAGAGGCUUUUCAGUGCCUGCCCCUGCCCCUGCCCUGGAGCUCACCGCGGCCCCAUGUCCCCCGCCCACCCCAUCGGCCCAGGAGUUUGAGAAUGCCGAGGGGGAAGAGUACGCCGCCGACUUCUCAGCACAGGGCUCCCCGGCCGCCGCUCAGAACGGGCCCGACGUGUACGUCCUGCCGCUCACCGAGGUCUCGCUGCCCAUGGCCAAGCAGCCGGGGCGAUCAGUGAUGCUCUGGCUGGGCCCACCUGCCCCGAGCUUCCCAGACCACCGCCCUCCCCCCGGGGCCGCCGGGCCCUGCGGUGCCACAAGGUUGCAGGACGCCCUUCGCCCUUUGGAAAUGAGAACAGACGCAGGUUUAUUGCUCAGAGGGCCUGGGCCUGGCAGAGGCCGCCCAGCCGCGUGCCUUGCGGAGGAGGGGGCGCCCUUUCUCAUGGGGUCAUCAGUGAUUUUGUUGAACGUGCGGGCAGGGCAGGGCCCCGGGACACUCAGGACCGCAGCUUCCCGAGAUGAGCUGAGGGUGACGGCGUGGUGGGUGGGAGGAGAGACCACAGAGUCCCGGCUGGCUGCCCCGAGAGACGAGGGCUGGAAGGGUCAGCAGGCUGGUGACCCAGAAGAAGUGGGGGUGCAGGAUGAGGUAAGGGGAGUGACCGCUGGCCAUGCUGCUCUGAGGGCCCGGCCUGUUCUCCAUCCCCCUGGGCCUCAUGGUCCUCGUCCACAUGGUAACGUUUGUGGCCGGGUCCCUGUGGACCAGAAGUGCCCGGUGCUGGGCAGGGGCAGGAGCGGGGCUCUGGGCAGGGGAAGGUGGCUGCCUCUUGGACACCCUCCCUGCCCAUCACGGGGCAGAGCCAGGACGCAGCCCCCUCGGUGGCCAGAAGCCCCCGCUGGGCACAGCAGGCUGACCCCGCCUUCCACCCCCAGUGACCUGGCUCUGAGGAACUGCCUGCUCACGGCCGACCUGACAGUGAAGAUCGGAGACUACGGCCUGUCCCAGGGCAAAUACAGAGAGGACUACUUUGUGACCGCGGACCAGCUGUGGGUGCCACUGCGCUGGAUCGCGCCUGAGCUGGUGGACGAGGUGCAUGGCAACCUGCUGGUGGUGGACCAGACCAAGGCCAGCAACGUGUGGUGAGUGCCCGCCCCCCACCGUCAUCAGACUCACGGCUCUCUGCCCGGGGCCUGGGUGUCUGGGGAGGAUGCAGGACGAGUCCCACCUGCCCACCUGCCCCCCGUGCUGGGGACGCGGGCUGGCUGCUCAGAGGCCUGUGGGUGAGGAAGAGCACACCCGGCCCCCGGUGAGGUCCGAGGGCGGCUGGAGUCCCCGGAGAGCCCACCGACUGUCCCCAGGAGCUGGUGAAGCCGUUGCCCCCGGAGGGAACCCAGUUG